UGACAUCAAGCUGACGGGAGUUGACGGCCGUUAUUGCACUCCAGUGUCAACUGCACUGCAGAUGGAGUGUAUUUACAUCUCUCCCUUCUGCUGACAUUUUGCAUUAUGCCGCCGGACCCGUAAUCAUCACCUCGGGAGUUAGCUACAACAAGCCCGCCAUCGUUGGUCCAUUGCUUCAUACAUCCCGAGCUCCGUAUUACUUAUUUUAUAUCCAACAGCAUUCUUCAUUAUCCGAGACUAUGAACGAGGUAACAGACAUGCUCUACCAGAAGAAGUGGAAGAUGGAUCCUGCGAAAUACGCCUCCAGUGACCCUGGAUCGCCGGUGAAGCUCUGCUUUGUGACAGUCGGGGCCACGGCCUCCUUCAACUCGCUUCUUCGGGAGGUCUUGAGCCCUUUCUUCCUCGGCGCGCUGCGAAAGGAAGCAUAUACCCAUCUUCUCCUCCAGGUUGGCCAGCUAGGUUAUCAGGUCCUUGAUGAGUUCUUACAGGAAAACGGCCCGGAUCUCAAGGAGAAAUUUGGCCUGACAAUUGAAGGCUUCGACUACAACGUGGACGGCUUGAAGCAGGAGAUGAUGGCCGUCAAGGCUAAUCCCGCACUCCAUAGACAAGAAGGAAUGAUUGUGAGCCAUGCAGGCUCCGGGACUAUCCUAGAAGCAAUGCGCUUUGGAGUCCCACUGGUCGUGGUCCCGAACCCCGAACUCUUGCACAACCAUCAGGUUGAGCUCGCCCACCAGCUAUCUUCCGUUGGGUAUGUCUUGCACGGUAAAUUAGGAUCUCUUGCCUCCACGGUUACAGAGACAGAAAAUUUCCGUACUAAGCUCCAUGCCUGGCCACCGGUCACUAGCACCGAAGGCAACUUCGGUAGAGGGUUAGCCGGGGUAAUGGAAGAUGAACUAGGAUUUCUCGACUAAGACGCCUCCCUGGAUAUAUAUCACGACAUCCAAAUAUCUAAAACGCCCAGAGCUGCUACAUUGACGACUCAAUAGUAUGGCACUGCUUUGUUGCUAUUGCUUCGUAUCCUAGUCUAGAUAGGUAGGACUUGAUGUGAGCUCUACUUACAUGCAUUUCCAGGCCGUCCCGACGUUGAAGGAUGCGUGGCUUAUGUAUAUAUACUUUAUUUUUUGAGAUUUUAAUAGGGAGCUAUAUGUUUGCAG